AUGAGUUUCGAAGAGCCAUUUGAGAAGGUUUUGAAUCUUUCAACACGAUAUACACAAGUGGACCCAGUUUCAGCUGAUACGAUUUUUAAAAAUAGUCUGGAUAGACUGACCUUAGAUACUUUAAGAGCUCUUGGAGCGCAGAAGAAAAGACAAUCAAACGAAGAUAGGUUGAGAGGAGAUAACAGUAGGUUCGAUAGAGAGGGGUUUUGGACCAGUCUGAGUUUGGUGAAACAGCGAAAGUAG